CUGGGAGGACAAGUCUGCGCGGGAAGCAUCAACGGCCUUCAGUCUUUAGCUAGAGAAACGUGGUGUGAAGUGGACCCCUGCCGCCGCGCUCUCGUGUCUCCAUUUGGAUAUUAUAACACCACCUCAACCAUCCACAUAUCACAAUGGCUGACACUGCUGCCGAGGUUGUUGCUACAACCCCCGAGGUCACCAAAGAUGUGCCCGAGGAGUCUGCGAAGACUACGAAGGCCACAGAGAAGACCCCAGCAGCUGAGAGCGCAAAGACCAAUGGCACAGAGGCAGCGGCGGAGAAGGUAGAAGAGACUGCAGAAAAGGACAAGUCUGCAGAAAAGGACAAGUCUGCAGAAAAGGACAAAUCUGCAGAGAAGGACAAAUCUGCAGAGAAGGACAAAUCUGCAGAGAAGGACAAGUCUGCAGAGAAGGACAAAUCUGCAGAGAAGGACAAAUCUGCAGAGAAGGACAAAUCUGCAGAGAAGGACAAGUCUGCAGAGAAGGACAAGUCUGCAGAGAAGGAAAAGUCUGCAGAGAAGGACAAGUCUGCAGAGAAGGACAAGUCUACAGAAAAGGACAAGUCUACAGAAAAGGACAAGUCUGCAGAAAAGACUGAGGAGAAGGAGGAGGAGAAGAAGAAGGAGGAGGAGGAGAAGAAGGAAGAGGCAGAGAAGACAGAGGAAGCCAAGCCCAAAGAGGCUGAGGCUAAGGAGGAGUCCAUGGAGACUGAUAAGACUGAAGAGGCUGCUGAGGAAAAGGCAGAGACCAACGGUGAGGCCAAGGAGACUAAUGGCCACGCCAAGGAAGAAGAAACAAUGACCAAUGGCCACAGUGAAGAGAGCACUGACACCAAGGCAGAUGCUGCUGAUAAACGUUCUUCUGAAGAGGCUGAGGAAGUUGCUCCCGCUGCCAAGAAGGCCAAGGUCCAGGAGACAGAGACCACAGAGGCUGUUAAGGAGACUGCUGCCUAGAGUUCUUCCUGAUUUUACUACUCCAGCCUCAGUAAUCCUCUAGUAGGACUUUUUCAUUUAUAUACUUCCGUUUCUUUCUUAUGUUUUUUAGAUUUUUGGAAAUCCUUUUUUUCCCUCCCCCAUGCCCCCGCCCUUCCCAUCCUCCAUCUAUGUACCUGUUGUAGUCUGGUAAAGUGUAAGGAUGUGUGGAGUUGUGGAUGCACCAUGUACAAACACAGAUGGGUGCAGGCUUCUUGCAAGCGGUUGGCUGGAAUCAAUGGUUGUAGUGAAAAUAGUGUAGCAAAUUUUCAUGAAUUUUUAGUGAUUUGUAAAUCAAUUUCAAGUGAGGUGGUUUCAUGGAGCUGUUGUGCUGCCUGUAUAUUGCACAUGUUUAUAGGUUGAGUGAAUGCUUGAGCCUUGCUGUAGCCUUCAUAAAUCUUGUGUUAGGGCUAGUUUAGCACAUUAGUGUCCGUAUCUUUAUUUAUUGCCCAACAUGUGUGCGGGAGUGAAUGGUUACUCUUUCCGCAAUUCUGAGUGCUGUAGUUUUACUUUAUACAGAAGUCAACAUUCCGUUUUGCUAACAUGACUUUACUGAGGUUACUGUGUAACCUGGCUAGCUGAAAUGAAUGGCACUUUUGAAUGGUAUGUAGCAUUAUUUUUCAAAUAAAUAACAAAUUUAA